AUGGCCGCAGAGCCAAAUUUGGCGCGCGACGGAACACCGAGCAUUGAUUCUAAACGCAUAGACUCUGACGUUGACGCACCACGGCCUGAUGUCGAAGCCAGAGCGCUCAAGGUGGGAGACGACAUUGUGUUUGCGGUCGGUGCCUCCAACAAGCUCUAUGAGCCGAUUCCAGAAUACGAGGGCAGACAUCGAUACGAUUCCAAGGCCGUCUGGAGCGAAGAGGAAGAAAAAGCCCUGGUCAAAAAGCUCGAUUUUCGGAUAUGUUCUUGGGUUUGCAUCAUGUUCUUUGCCCUACAACUCGACCGCGGAAACAUCAGCCAGGCCCUCUCGGACAAUAUGCUCGAUGAUCUGGGCCUCUCGACCAACCAGUACAACUACGGAAUGACAAUAUUUUACAUAAGCUUUCUCCUCGCCGAGCUACCUUCGCAAAUGAUAUCCAAAAAGCUAGGCCCUGAUCUUUGGAUCCCUAUUCAGAUGAUAAGCUGGUCCAUUGUUGCAGCCUGCCAGUCCAUUCUGAAGGACGAACGCGGGUUCUAUGCGACAAGGGCCCUUCUCGGGCUUUUUGAAGGAGGCUUCAUUCCUGAUGCCAUCCUAUACCUCACCUACUUCUUCACGAGCAAGGAGCUUCCCAUGCGGCUCAGCUACUUUUACACAUCAGCAAAUGUUACCCAAAUCGUUGCUGCAUUCCUCGCGGCCGGAAUUUUCCAGCUCCGUGGGGUUGGCGGCUGGGAGGGUUGGCGCUGGAUGUUCGCCCUGGAGGGGGCUCUUACCGCAAUCAUUGGUGUUCUCAGCUACCUCAUCAUGCCGCCGAGCCCGACCCAAUCAGCCAGCUGGUUCCGCGGCAAGAACGGCUGGUUCACCGAGAGGGAGCAAGUGAUCAUGGUUAAUCGAAUCCUCCGCGACGACCCGGCCAAGGGUGGCAUGCACAACCGACAAGGUCUCACGCUCAAGCUUCUCUGGAAGGCGCUCUCCGACUACGACCUCUGGCCCAUCUACCUGAUGGGUUUCACCGUCUUGAUGCCGCUGCGUCCCAUCAAUGCCUACUUCACGCUCAACCUUCGCAACCUGGGCUUCACCACACUGCAGACCAACCUGCUCACGGUGCCGGCCCACACCAUCUUCGUCUUCCAGCUCAUAUUUUGGUCCUGGGUCUCGGAGCGCAUCAAGAACCGCUUCCUGGUCGUCUCUUUCUCCUUUGUGUGGAUGCUGCCGCUGUUCAUUGCGCUAGCCGUCCUGCCCCGCGACGCGAGCGCCUGGGGCCGCUAUGCCAUUACCAUCCUGAUUGUCGGCUAUCCCUACGUGCACUCCAUUCUCGUGGGUCUGACAUCCCGCAACGCCGGAUCGGUUAGAACGCGUACUGUCGGCAGCGCCUUUUACAACAUGUGCGUCCAGACGAGCUCCAUCAUCGGCAGCAACAUCUACCGAGAAGACGACGCCCCUCUGUACCGCCGCGGCAACCGUGUCAUCAUUGGCAUCGUGGUAUGGAACUUUGUGUUUACUUUCAUCAUCAAGUUUUACUACUGGUGGCGGAACAAGAAGAAGGACGAGGCGUGGAACGCCAUGACCCAGGAAGAGAAGGAUUACUACAUUGCCAACACCAAGGAUGAAGGCAGUCGCCGUCUCGAUUUUCGUUUCGCGCACUAG